UUAAAUAAUACACAGAAGACAAUGGAAAUGAUGCUGCUGUGGAGUCUCUUGUUGGCUUUUUCUGGAAGUCAAGCCUCAAGAUCCGUGGCUCAAAGAAAUACUGAAUUUGCAGUGGAUCUUUAUCAAGCCAUUUGUUUAUCUCACAAGAACAAUGUUAUAUUUUCCCCCCUUGGGAUCACUUUGGUUCUUGGAAUGGUCCAACUGGGAGCAAAAGGAAAAGCACACCAUGAGAUAAGACAGACUUUAAGACUUCAGGAAAACUCAACUGGGGAAGAAUUUUCUGGGCUGAAGUCAUUUUUCUCUGCCAUCUCGGAGAAAAAACAAGAAUUUACAUUUAAUCUUGCCAGUGCCCUCUACCUUCAAGAAGGAUUCACUGUGAAAGAAGAGUAUCUCCAUGGCAACAAAGAAUUUUUUCAGAGUGCUAUAAAACUGGUGGAUUUUCAGGACGCAAAAGCUUGUGCAGAGGCAAUAAGUACCUGGGUAGAAAACAAAACAGAUGGAAAAAUUAAAGACAUGUUUUCAGGGGAAGAAUUUGGCCCUCUGACUCGACUUGUCCUGGUGAAUGCUAUUUAUUUCAAGGGAGAGUGGAAACAAAAAUUCAGAAAAGAGGAUACACAGCUGAUGAAUUUCACUACAAAGGAUGGUUCUUCAGUCAAGAUUCCAAUGCUGAAGGGUCUUCUGAGAACAAAAUAUGGUUAUUUUUCGGAGUCUUCUAUGAGCUACCAGGUUUUGGAAUUACCUUAUAAAAGUAAUGAACUGAGUUUAAUCAUCAUACUUCCUGCAGAAAAUGUUAACAUAGAAGAAGUGGGAAAACUAAUUACUACUCACCAAAUCCUGAAAUGGCUCUCGGGAAUGCAUGAAGAGGAAGUGGAAAUAAGCCUUCCCAGAUUUAAAAUAGAACAAAAAUUAGACUUCAAAGAAGCUUUGUAUUCUUUGAAUAUAACUGAGAUAUUUAGUGGUGGCUGUGACCUUUCUGGAAUAACAGAGUCAUCUGAGGUGUAUGUUUCUCAAGUCAUGCAAAAGGUUUUCUUUGAGAUAAAUGAAGAUGGCAGUGAAGCUUCAACAUCAACGGGCUUGCAUGUCCCUGCAAUCAUGAGUCUGCCUCGAAACCAAUUCAUAGCAAACCACCCAUUUCUGUUUAUUUUGAGGAAUAACCCAACAGAAUCAAUUUUAUUUAUGGGAAGAGUGGCAGAUCCUGACACACAAAAGAUGAAGGGAAGAGAUUUAGAUUCUCUCUGAAUGAUAAUCAUAGCCUAAUAGCAAAUAAU